CUAUCAACUCAAAAACAUAAGCCCAAAACCAAUAUAUAUAUGAGGCUAAUACCGAUACUGACAUAUAAUGCCCUAAGGGUGAUACAACGACAACACUUAAUACCAAGAUACUUGUCCACUGGGUCAAGAUUCUUCCAACAACAUCAAACAUUCAAGAAACCAAGAACUGAAGAAAAGCCAAUUGCAUUAAAGUAUGAUCCUUCAGGAGAUGGUGAUUUCUUAAGUUAUGGGAUAUUACCAUUCUUACAGGGGACUUUGAAUAAGGUUUUACUUCUUCAAAGUGAAAUAAAAGGAGCAAGACCAGAACAUAAUGCUGUCCCCACAUCAGAACAGAGAAAGUUAUUAUCAGUUUUAAAUUCAAAUCAUAGUUUAAUAUUAAAAGGGAAUUAUGAACAGGGGAAAACAUUAGGAUUAAUGACAUAUGUGUUGAAUAAGGCAUUAUCUCGAGUUCCUAGUUAUGGACCUUUGAAAAAUGUUGGAGUGGAAUCCAUAAUUAUACUUCCUACUGAUGAACUUAUUGAAAAAUAUCAAUUACAUUUCAUGUCAUUACUUGAAGGUAUUCCUGAAGAUUGUUGUCCAGGUGAAUUAACUCCAAGAUCAACUGAAGAUGGUAAUGUGGAAUAUGAUCUUUCAAGAAAACCUUUAAAAAUAGAAUUUUUGGCAAGUAAUAAAAGUCCUCAAAUAUUACAAACUGGACCUACUGAUCCUAAUACCCCUCCACAAAUUUUAAUCACAAGAUUAUCUAAAUUAGAAGAUAUAUUAGACUUGAAGUAUAAAAAUGCCCAUCCAGCCACUAACAUUCGUCAUUUGAAAUCAGUGGAAUUCAUAGCUGUAGAUGAAUUUGAUUAUCUUUUAAAGACAACUGGUAUUAAAUCUGAUGAAAUAAUCGAACCAGUUUAUCCAAAGGGAAAAUAUAAGAAUAAUCUUGAAUUAACCAUAAGAGAUAUCCAAGAUUUUGCUAUGAAAUCAUAUCAAGAUUCUAUCAAGAAAAUCUUAUCUCCAGAAACUGUUGAACCAAAUGAAGAUGAAGAACCAUUUGAAGAUCAAACUACAUUUUCCAUAUCUGAUUUGAAACAUAAAAGAGAAGAUCAAACUAAAAUUACUGAUGAAAAUAUGUAUAAGAGAAUAGAAAAGGAAGCCAAGAAGUUGGUUUAUAAGCCAAUUCAAUAUUGUUUCCUUGGUCAUACUGAACAUCCUCAUAAAGAAGUAUUAGCUAUGAAAGUCAAUCUUGCAGAAAAUGGAGAUACAACCAAUGCCUAUGCCGAUGCUUCUAACUCACCAACAUCAGCACUGAUUGAAAAGUUAAAUAGUGGUAUAAAUGAACAAAAAGCCAAAGAAAAUAUGAAACGAGUAACUGAUAUUCAUACUGCAUUUGUGGAGAAAAUGAUAAGAUUCAAUGAUGAUCAGAGACAAGUUAGAUUAAAGGAAAGACCUCUUAUUUCAGUUCAAGAAACAUUCGCAUGGCCUGAAAAUGGUCAAAUACCAGAUGAAGAAUCAGAACAACGAGCCGUGAAUGCAUACUUCAUUUAUGGUAUUCCUAAUAAAGCAGAGGGAAAUAAGGUUGCAAGAAGUUAUCAAAUAUGUGAUAUAGAUGCUACUAAUUUACCUGAUAAUGAUGUCAAUGACAUCAUGGACGAACACAUUGGGUUUGCCAGACAUUUCCAAGACAGUUUCAAAGAAAAUGAAAGAGAAUUUCUAAAAUUCGUCACUGCUAGUAGAACUGAAAAAUUGGGUUCAACCCAUACCGCUCAAAUUAUUGCUGCAACAGUGAAAAGAUACAGAAAAGAAACAGGUAGUGAGGAUACAUUAUGUGUAGUUGUUCCUGCCGAUAGUAAUAUUAAUGGAAUCACUCAUAAAUUAAGAGUGAAGAAGAAGACAGAUAGAUAUUUCCUUGGAGAAAGAUUCCAACCCCUUGAUUAUAAAAAUGAUUUGUUUUUAAAGCAUGAUGAUCAAGAUGUAUUGGUGGAAAGAAGUAUCCCCAUUAAGAGAAGAAAAAUCAAUCUUGUUGUUGAUCCCACUCAAUUCCUUGGUUUAGAAUACAAGGGUCUCACUGAUGUCUUGGUUAUUGGUUUAAAUACUUUAGUACCCCAAUCAGCAUUUACUCGUGUAAAUACUCAAUUAGAAAAAAUCAAUGGGGUUCAAGAUGCAUAUGGUGAUUUGAUGCCUCUUUUGGUAUCUAAAUUUUUAAAAUCCCCAACUUUCCGUCCUAAGAACAUCUUAUUCUACGUGGGAACUAAAAAGCGAAAAAAUGAUGAUUUAGAUUUUAAAAUCAAGAGAUUCAGUAUGAUGGUGGCAUAUAAUCGAUUAUUAGAUUUGAUGAAUGCUAGAUAUCUUAGGCCAGAUAAGCCUGUUAAACAACGACUUUCAGUUUAUUUAAAUGAAGACUCCAACAAUAUUUUAGAACGUGGAAUUGACAGUAAUAGAAAGGUUAAAAGAACUUUUGUAUAUAGACCUUGGAAAAAGAGAGAUUAG